UAAAAAAAUGUGCCGGUCUACCGGCCGGUCCGGUCCGGUCUGACCCUUUAGACCGGUACCGGUACCGGUAAGGAAAAAACCCUACCGGUUCCAUCUCUGAUAGAACGAGUAAAUAAGCACGUCAUCUUAUAGUAAAAAUACAUUAGUUAACUAUUUGAAAUAGCCUAUAUGUAUACUAUACGAAGAACAGAAAAACACUUGAUGCUUACGUCAUAUUGUCACUAUUGAAGACUGCUAAUGUAAUUUCACAAGGUCUCGAUCAUUUCAAUAUAAAGUAAAUUCUGUCAAAAUGGUAGUCUCUCUUUAUACAUUGUGUAGUUACUAUUUUCGCUGCUGUUAAAACUUUUAUAUUUAAAAUCAAUGUGAAAAUUUUUAUUAUUAUUUUCGUGUUCCUUUUCUUUCAGAUAUGGAUGGUGAACAAUUAACAACUACUCGACAUUUAAAUCGAACAUACCGAUCAGGUAAUGAAAUAGCUGGUAGUCUACGAUCAUCUUCAUCUUCAUCAUAUAAAGAUGAAUCAUUGACAACAUCAAAUCAUAAUUCAAAUACAUUACCAUUUUAA